AUGGACGUGCCAUCGGCGUACCUAAAUAGCGAUCUUCAUGAUAUUGUGUACAUGAAGCAGCCAGAACAUUUCGUAGAUGAGAAGUCUCCGAAACGCGUAUUGAGAUUGAAUAAAGCGCUCUAUGGCUUCAAGCCAUGCGCUAGCGAACCAUGCGUUUACACCAAUAACGAUGAAGGUCACUUCAACAUAAUAGCUGUUUAUGUAGAUGAUCUCAUUAUAGCAUGCUCAAAAGCGAAGGAUCUAAGGAAUAUAAAAGCCAAGAUAGCAGACGCGUUCGAAGUAGUAGACGGAGGGCCAUUGAAAUAUUUCCUUGGUAUGGAAAUGGAGCGGCAAAGCGAUUUUGGUGAUAAAACUGUUUGUCAGCGUCAAUAUAUUUUAAAUCUGUUAAAGCAACAUGGAAUGGACGAGUCACCCACCACAGACUUAAAUUGCACAAUCGAAAAAGAUGGUUUCGAGGGUUUCAUCAACUCAACCGAUGUGCCCGCAGAUAUUAGAGAUAAUGUGAUUAAAAAUAAAAUACCCUUGGAUUGUAUCUGGCGCAUACAGGUGCAGGAUAAUUGGAAGAUACAAGUGAAAUUCCUAGAUUUUAAAUUAAGCAAACCCAAUGACUGUGACACGAAUUUCUUAGAUAUCUUCCCAGAACAAACAGUCAUGCCUCUUAGAAUAAAAAACUUUUGUGGCUCUGCUGGUGAGGGCAUCACUUCCGAUACGAACACACUGCAUCUGCGUUUCUUUGCCGAACAGGUGGCCAUCAAUUCGACAUUUGCCAUUUUGUAUACCGCCUUUCGAGAUCGUGGCACCGCUUGUACUGAGGAGGAAUACGAUUGCGAGGAUGCCACUUGCAUCUCACAGGAUCUCAAGUGUAAUGGCCGUGACAACUGUAAAUUUCGCUGGGACGAGGAAGGUUGCGAUGUGAUAUCGCCAGAUAUACACACAACUAUUUCUGACAACUAUAAACAAGCGAAAACCAAAAGCACAACAACAAAACUGAUAAAAAAUACUACGAUGCGUACAUUCAAAACGCUGGAGGCGAUGGAUUUUAUUGACGCCAACAGGUACAAUGCCAAUAAAAAGCACAACAACGUUAACAGCUAUGAUUCAAGUAUGAUGGCUAGCAGCAAUAACAACACCAACAGCAACAGAAACAGAAACAGCGUCAAUAGCAAUAGCAAUGACAACACAACAAGCAUUAGGGUUCCAAUCAGAGAGGAAUGGAGUCGGCGGCUGGAGCAUAUGGUUUCUACACCUCAAACGAUGACAAUAAUAGUCGAAAAACCCACAAUGGUAAAACACACAACAACAAGAACAACAGCAACAGCAGAUAGUAUGCGAACUACCACAAUUACAAUAGCAGCAGCAAAAACAACAAAGGCAAUCACAACACACAGUGAUAGUGCAAUAAAGAUGUCGUCUGACAGCAGAGCCAAUAUAAAUGUCAGCGACAUAAAGAACAGCACAAUGAUAUAUAAGCAGCAGCUUCAAAACCAACAUGAUCAACAUCAGCAUCGGCAGCAUUGGCUGAAUAAGCGACAUCGACGACAACAACAGAAACAAAUACAGCGCGAACAACAGCUACAUGGGCCAACGAAAGUUGCAGCAGCAGCAGCAGUGGCAGCGGCAACGGACAGCAGAGAAGGGAAAAAACCACAAUCGUACGUUGCCAAUACUUUGUUAGGCAACAAAACAUCAACAGCAAUGAAUAUUGAGACGACGACGAGGACGACGCCCAAUAACGUCCGCAUAAGGGGCGAAGCAUUGGAAAUGACAGCGGCGGCACAAACGCAAAUAGCAAUCAACAGUAAUAGGAACAGCAACAGCAACAGCCUUACAACGGAAAUAACUGCAACAACAACAACAGCAUCAACAACAAUGCCAUCAACAAUAACAAUACCGGCAAUAAGCACAAUGCCAACAACUACACAAAGCCAACAAUUUGAGUCAAUGCGCAUUUCUUAUUACAUGAACGAUGCCUCUGACGACUUACAGCUGGAGCUGCUGAGGCUAAAGCUAAAACCGAUGCUAAAGCAGGAGCUGGAGCUGAGGCAAGCGACGGAAACGGAUGUAAAAGUGGCUGUGGCAAGGGAAGGGGAAAUGAGUGUGGAAGUGGAAGUGGGUCGUCAACAACAUCAACACAAAUUUUCCUCUGCUUAUUUAGACAACGACGAGGACUACAGCAACGACGAUCAACACAAUUAUGCGUCACUCGAACGGUUGCCGGCGCAGCGCAGCCGUUGGGCGCGACAGGUGGAGGAGGAACCGGUAGAUAAAUGCCGUCAAUUUGUUGAGGGCGAAGCGGAGAAAAAUGAAUUCUACAGUCCCGAUUAUCCAAACGAUUACCCAAAGAACAUCAACUGCACACGCAUUAUUACAGCGCCGAAAGGACAAAUAAUCCGUUUAGAUUUUCGUAAUUCAUUCCACAUCGAAGCGAAAGAGGAAUGCAAAUUUGAUUUUCUCGAGAUACGUGAUGGCCAGUAUGGUUUCUCGACAUUGAUUGGUAAAUAUUGUGGUACGGAUUUUCCACCGGAAAUCACUUCGAAAGAGCGUUACCUCUGGUUGCAUUUCCAUUCGGAUGAGAGUAUUGAGUAUUCUGGUUUUACAGCUGUUUACGAAUUUAUCGAUCGCAGUAAAGAAGGAACACAUACGCCAAUCGAAGGAGAGCAAGCUGGAUGAAUUGGGCCGCAGUUCAAAAGCACGCUCAAGGGAGAACUUACACAGCACAAUGCCGAGGCCCAAGCCUUCGCAGACAUCCUUGCAAAUUCUUGACGACACAACGAAUCGCUAUUAUCGCGAAGUGGUGCCCAUGUCGCACAUUCAUACAAAACCUGACCUCAAGGAUCGUGAACACAGCAUUCUCAGGCAUCGCAAUGACAUGGUCGUACAGACGAGCUUCUGCGGUGAUGACGGCGGCGAUGAGAAUAGCUCCGAAAGGACAGUGGAAGCGCAAGUGGCAGCAGCAGCGGCGGCGGCGGCGGCGGCAAAUGCCUGUGAUAUGGGCUGUCAAACGCGUGAAUCGCUUUUUGCCACACCAUUGAUGCACCAAAGCUCUAUGAGCUCAGUGAACAAGGACAGGGCCAGCCUUCAUUCACGCUCACGUUUUUCUACAUUUGGUUAUGAUGGUGCUCAAUCGACACCACCACCAACGCUUCCAGCUGGUGGACGCGACGGCAACCAACUUACAGGACUCAAUAUACGCGAUAAACAAUCUUCAGAACAAUCCGAGCAUAUGAUCAUUAUAAUGAUUGUUUUCGGUCUAAUCUUGGGUGGCAUGGUUAUUACAUUCCUGGUGAAUUGCAUACGAAAGAUAAUGCACGAUCAGAAAAUCAUACGGCAGUGA